AUGUCUUCGUCUUCUGCAUUCCCUGUUCCUUCCACUGGGGUUGAUUCAACGACCGAGGGGCCGGUCUUUGACGCUACCCCGCUCACAGCUGACCCAAAGGCUCAGGUUCCCUCCCGAACGCCGAUCGACACUCUUCUCCGGGUGCCCGGGCCAAGGGAGUCCACGACGGUUUCUUCCGAAGCCGUAGGUGAAGAGGGUCUCCAGACGUGGAUCACCAUCGGUCUUCCUCCAGCACCUCUGCUGUGGUGGACCCAAUGGGGACGGUCACCUAUGUCUCGCCCAUUACCCCGUCGAGAGAUCCCCCGACUGCGAUGGGUGGGCCCAUAG